AUGGUCGUAUCGUUGGUAUCGGGAGAUGUGUUCGUGACUGAGCGCCAAUUAGAUGAUCUGCUGUUUACAUACCAGCGCCUUGCAGUAUGCGACCGCCGCUUCAUGAAAUAUUACUCGGAUCGCCUUUCGCGCCAAUUCGAGUGUUUCAGUGAUGACCAAGUCUGCAACUUUGCUCGAUACCUGGUGAAGAGCGUUCACGCUCGUGCUCAACCGAUGGAGAUAGGCGCUACAGCAGACUACUCGCGCGAAUUUGGGCCUUCGGAUACUAAGGCACUUCUUGAUGAUUUCGAUGUGACGUCCAGUUCAUACGUACGGUGUCUGGAAUCGCAACUGCCUGUUUGUUUGCACCAGUACAGCUACUACAACCUGGUUGACCUUGGCGAGUUUUACGGCCUCUUCAACAUUCAGAGCUCCGUUCGCGUGCGGUUCUCCACCGAACUGUGGAAAUAUUUGUAUACUCUGCGUUAUGGCUACCCUGUCAAGGCUCUUGUGGUUUUAAGCAAGUUGGGGCUUGGAGACGGCGCGACGUUUGGCCGUUUGAUACGCAACAUCCCCAUGACCCUUGCAUUCAGAUGGCCAUUGAACCUUGUAUCUGAGUGUUUAAUAUCGCUCGAGUGGGCAAAGAGUAGCAAGAUCUACGUCAUCCUCGCCCACUAUCUUUCGAGAUACCUUUCCGCACAGUUCAACGCGCGCAACAUUGCCCGGAUAUUUGAUUCGUUAUGUAACAAACGCAUUGCACUCUUGGGUCUAUACCAGAAGGUGCUGCGUAUCCAGUCCCUGAACCCUGGGUGGUUGAGCUGCGAGGAGCUGUUGACAGUUGCCAGAUAUGGCAAGGAAGUGGGAUUCUCCUUAGCUGGUAUCUCCCGCCUUCUCAAGGGUCAAGACUUAGAUGACAUGGACUAUCGCAAAGCCAUGUUGCUUUACGUAAUGGACAACCCGGACGCAGCGUUGGUUAAGAGGUGCAUACAGGCCGUCCACAACAAGGACUCUGACCAGACAUUGGAGUUUGUUUCGUUGAUGCAGCUCCUCAAGGCGUGCUAUCGCCACAAGAUGUGGCUGUCCGCUGCGCCGCAACUGGCAUUGGAGGCGCUGCGGGACAUCGAGACUAUAGAGGUGCCCGUUCUGCUGGAGUUGCUCGACCUACUUACUCUAGCAGGUCCCAUUGGGGAGCCCGAUCUGUUGGCGAGGCUUGAGGGAUAUGUUAAACACGUAAUCCCGGACCUGCCCCUGCGCACGGCUGGAAAGAUGUUAUGGUUAUGCUUUUCGCUGGGUGUAGCGCCGGAUUCUGUGUGUUUCCUAUCGUUGCUACGCCGAUUCAACCAUUUGUACGAGCCUUCCUACAACGAGAACCACUUGUUACAGGUACUUGGUGAGGCCCUGAAGCGUCUUAAGUCGCAGACUGUCGAAAUACGAACGUUUCUUGGUCAUCUGGAGACUUUUAAGGACGUCUCCUGGCGACGUGAGCCAGCGGAAAUUGGGAAGAUCCGUGAGUUCCAGCGCAACAUCGGCUGCAAGGCCUUCGUCUCGGUGUUCCCGUUUACUGCUGACAUCGAGGUUGACGCUGCCGCGCUUUCAGACUACGUUGCUCGAGUUGGUGGCGGAAGCAUAUCUUUGGCGGACCCAUGUUUGCCGUCGAGGAGCUCUUGGUCCGCUUCCUCCGACAUCGUCGACACCGUCUUGCUGGACCUCUGCGGUGACCCUUACGUCACAGUAGUUGAGCGCGACGGCAACGAGCGUCAGACGUUGCGGUUUUAUUACCAGUUACGGAGCAGCUUGGUCGGUCGUCCAUUCGCCCAUCUUCUGGAUUCUAGUGUUCCGUAG